GAAUGUAAAAUACGUAAGCGAGUGGGCACUGUUUUGGCCAACGAAUUUAGGAAAGAAAGCUUCGGAGAUGGACAAGAAAGAUUCGAUAGAUAACGUGGAAAUGCGCCUUCAGGCUUUGGAGAAUCACAUAUAUGGAGAAAGAAGAAAUAAAAAUGCGAAACCUUUAAAGUGUGCAGAGGCUCUAGCCAGAAUCCAGGCCGACCUGACGAACACGGCCAACAAGAGAGAGCGAGUCAAGAUUCUUCACAAGAAAAUUGAGGACCUGAUGAAGUACUUGGACCCGCAAUUCACCGAUCACAUCGCUGUGCCCGACACCAUGAAGCUGGAGUUUAUCCUCGCUGAGGAGGACUUCCUGCUCUCCCACGCUGCUUUGCUGGAGCAGAUUAGCAACCUGCAGCCAAUGCUGGAGAGCACCUACAUCCGAGAUGUUCCUGAGCACGCUACAAAGCUCCAGCGUCUGUCCCAAAUUCAUAUCAAACAACAGGACCAGACGGAUGCUCAGUCGUUGGAAGUCAAGCAGCUUUUUGACGAAUAUGACAAAAUGAUGUCCCUGCUGUCCAAGCAGUUCGCCCAAUGGGACAAAAACCUGAGGAAACUGGAGGAGGACAAGGGCAUCCGGCCUAUGGAGUAACACACACUCAUUAUGAGGAGGAAGGCAUGUGACCUGAACUUGAGUAGCUUUUUAACUGUACAAACUACGCAAAAUGUCCAAAGUCAUUUUUCAGUGAUUGCAGUUGCUAGACAGAAAAAAAAAACACAAGUCGUGUGACUCUUAAUCAGUCAUCUGGAGGAUUUUACUCACCUCACGGGACAACUUGGUCAUCCUGCUCUUAUUUAUUUU